UGAGAAGGCAGCAUGAGCAAAUGUAACUGAAGGAUUGCUUGGAUCUGAGCUGCUAAGGUCACACGGCCAGUCCUGGAGGGGACACAUUUGCCAUACAUAUGCCACAAAACCACGUGGACAAACCAUGAGUCCUGACCUGGGGUCGUGCAUUCCGGGGCUGGAUGGCAUGCUGGACCCAAGCUCAGCUCAGCGUCUGGGCCCAAUAACGGCUUUUCCAAGGGAGCAGCUUUCUAUCCUGGCCACACUGAGGUGCGUAGCGUAAUGUCCAUGUUGUUCUACACUCUGAUUACAGCGUUUUUGAUCGGCAUCCAGGCAGAGCCACACCCAGAGAGCAAUGUCCCAGCAGGACACAUCAUCCCGCAAGCCCACUGGACUAAACUUCAGCAUUCCCUUGACACAGCCCUCCGCAGAACCCGCAGUGCCCCUGCUGGGCCAAUAGCCGCUCGGGUGGCAGGGCAGACGCGCAACAUCACUGUGGACCCCAAACUCUUUAAGAAGCGGCGGCUGCGUUCACCCCGAGUGCUGUUCAGCACCCAGCCCCCACCCCUCACUGCAGACACUCAGGAGCUGGACUUUGAGGUCGAAGGGGCUGCCACCUUCAACAGGACUCACAGGAGCAAGCGGUCAUCGUCCCACCCCGUCUUCCACAGAGGGGAGUUCUCGGUGUGUGACAGUGUCAGCGUGUGGGUCGGGGACAAGACCUCCGCCACGGACAUCAAGGGCAAGGAGGUGAUGGUGUUGGGAGAGGUGAACAUUAACAACAGCGUAUUCAAACAGUACUUUUUUGAGACCAAGUGCCGGGACCCUAAUCCUGUCGACACCGGGUGCCGGGGCAUUGACUCCAAGCACUGGAACUCGUAUUGUACCACGACGCACACCUUCGUCAAGGCGCUGACCAUGGACAACAAGCAGGCUGCCUGGCGGUUCAUCCGGAUUGACACGGCCUGGUUGUGUGUGCUCAGCAGGAGGGCUUCCAGAAGGGCCUGCCCUGCCGCCGGCCCCCUCUCCAUCUGCCCCCCUCCACACUCUCCUGGGCCCCUCCCUACCUCAACCUGUCAGUUAUUUUAAAUUAUAAGGACUGCAUGGUAAUUUAUAGUUUAUACAGUUUUAAAAAAUCAUUAUUUAUUAAAUUUUUGGAAGCAU